GGACUAUACUACAAACAGCUACGACAAACAAGAAGCCGUUUAUUUUUUUAACGCGUAUUUAUAGAGAGAGAAGCAGCGUUUGGUAGAAAGGAAAAAGGGUGAAAAAGAGACGGGAGAGAAGGUGUCUGGAAUUUUCUUUGAGGACUAGGAAUCUCCAAUCUUUGUAUGUGGAGGUGCUUUUCUUUUCCUUCAUAUAUAUCCGUCGGAGAUUCCCUGGUUUUCCUUCUUCCCAGCCAAACACGGUAUUCUUCUCCUUUCCACACCAAAUACUAUUAGAUCUGAUUUUCUCUCCUAAUUCCAUCGGUGUGUCCAAAUCCUCCACACAGAUUAAAUUUUGGAGAGAAAUGGCGGAAGAGCAUCGAUGCCAAGCGCCUCGGCUGUGCGCCAACAACUGCGGCUUCUUCGGUAGUCCGGCCACGCAGAACCUCUGCUCCAAAUGCUACCGUGACUUGCAGCUGGAGGAGCACCAAUCCUCCACGGCCAUGCUUGCCUUCAACCAAUCCCUCGUCGCCACCUCAUCAUCACCUUCACCAUCUUCUUCUGUAUCGACGACCGAUCCUGUAUCUCCGGCUGUUGUUGUUGCUGUGAAUCAGCAGGGAGAGAGCCAAGCGAAGGCUAAGGCGAACAGGUGCGUUGCGUGCAGGCGGCGCGUGGGACUCACGGGGUUCGAGUGCAGGUGCGGGAUGACUUUCUGCGGGUCCCACCGGUACCCGGAGCAGCACAGCUGCACCUUCGACUUCAAAGGGAUGGGCCGGGACCAGAUCGCCCGAGCCAAUCCCGUCGUCAAGGCCCAGAAGCUCGACAUGAUCUGAUCCCGGGGGUGAUUUCGUAUUUUCUUAUUAUUCUCCACCGGGUUGUUGAUUGGGUGUGGAUAUUGAUGAUGAUAUGUGGUUCAUGUAAUUAAUUAAUCUUUUAUUUUACUGGUCCAUUCAAAUGA